UCGACGAGUCUUGUUGACUAAACUCGUCGAACUUGUCGAUGAGAAGGAUUUCCCUCCAUUUUCGACAAAAUCGUGUUUGCCGGCACACGCGUGUUUUGUUUGAAAAAAAAAAGUGAAUAUUGGCGAUCCAAAGAUGAAUUCCUGCAUUUAUUUGAAUCCUUCAAAUGGGCAGGAUGCUGAAGAUGCUUCAAAGACUCGUCGAAGUCUCGGUCGAGGUAAUCAAGGGCAGAAAAAUGCCUCCUCUGUGACUCCUGUGGUGUCCUUUGAGGAGAUUUCACUGCGAGAAAUUCGAGACUACAUGAGGAAUAACAAACAAUGCCAGAUUUGCGAUGAAUACUUCACAACAGCACUGAAAUUUGCAAAUCACAUCACGAAUCAUUUCUACGGAGAUGUCUACACGUGCCCAAGAUGCUCAAAGGCAGUGCUGUCCAGGAAGUCCCUUCAGGAUCAUCUAAAACAACAUACUACACCACUUUGGCGGGAUGUUAAUGUGGGCAGAGGGAGCGCUGAGAUUAUUUCCCGUGGAGGUGUUUCCAUUAGAGCAGUUAAGGAUGAUUCCAUUCAAAGAGCUGGAGCAAAUCAUCAUGUAAAGGAGCUUCCAGGAGUUAGGACUCCUCCAAUUGUAAGGAAUCUUCACUCAAAUGGAAAUCUUCGAGAUGUUAAGAGUCCUUCAACAGUCGGAAGUCUGCCAGUAGCUAAGAAACUUCCGUUAGCCGGAAGUCUUCCUUCAGCCAGAAGCCUUCCAGUAACCAAUGGAACUGCCAUAGUUAAAGCUAAGCCACAAAUCCACAAAAAUCUUCCUUUACUGAAGGAUGUUUCCAUCAAGAGUAUUCCAUCAACCAAGACAAUAAAUCCUCCUCCGGAUCCGGAUGUUUCUAUUCAAAUGAUCUACUUCUGCACCAAAUGUGGACUAAUGUCAGACAAUAAGCAAGAAUAUGAAGCUCAUAGAGUUUCUCAUGAAGUCCCUAAACCCCACAAACGAAAUCUCAUUCCGGAUGUCAAGGAGAGCAGUAACAAGAGACUAAACACAGGACAAGGAUUACCGGGAAUCAAUUCUACCCACAGAGCUAUUCCCAGGAGUGCUGCACAGACCACAAUAUAUCGUCCGUUCUUUUCAUGCCAGUAUUGUUCAGUAAAAUUGCCCAGUAUGCUGAUACUGACUCAUCACGAGAAAUCCCAUCGAUUUGGAAGAUUCUUCGUGUGCCUCACGUGUGGGAAUACAUUUCAAUCAGGUCCAAAACUGCGUCAGCACGUGAAUGAGAAGCACAGGAUGAUGAGUUUGAAGCCUCAAGGAUCCCGAAUGUCCGGAGAAAGAGAACAUUCAGGAAUUUUGCGAGAUUCAAUUCCAGGAGAUCGUCAGAAGGGACAAAAUGGAACAUUUGGGAAGAUUCUCUAAGGAAAUUAUCUAAAUUCCUGUAGAUUCAUUAAUUGUAAUAAAAAAAAAGUUUAUUUUGAAGUUUAAAA